CAAAAUAAAUACAUUGCUGUUCAUACGUUGGCAUCAUUUAAUCAAACAGGUGAUGAAGCGUGUUACACGCGAUUAGGGUGUUUCUCCACUGGUCCCCCGUUCAGCAGCCCACAGCGACCUAUUUCAGUCCCCCCUCUGUCACAGGAAGCUCUCAGAACGAACUACAUCCUGUACACGCGAGAGCGGAGACCUGAACCCCAGACACUAGACGCCAGGUUCCCGGAGAACAUCUGUAACGUGUGGCCCAGCUUCAGUUCCAGGCCAACCAAAUUCAUCAUUCAUGGUUUCGUUGAGAGCGUCAGAACUGUGUCCUGGAUAAUAGAAAUGGCGGAAGAGUUCCUGAAGAAGGCAGAUUUUAACGUCAUCAUCGUCGACUGGGCUCUGGGAAACAAGCCUCCAGUGUUUCAGGCCGUAGCCAACACCAGGGUUGUCGGGGCACAGGUGGCGCUGCUGGUCAACUACCUGAUUAGCACGAAUCUUACGACAGCUGACGACAUCCAUAUCAUUGGCCAAAGUCUUGGAGCGCAUAUAGCUGGAUAUGCUGGGGAGAGGGUCCCUGGCAUGGGUCGGAUCAGUGCCCUUGAUGCAGCCGGACCGUACUUCACUGACACUCCUCCACCCGUGCGAUUGGAUAGGACGGACGCCAAGUUUGUGGAUGCCAUUCACGUAGAUGCUGAACCUAAUUCUCUGAUUGCUCUGGGCACGCCAACACCGAUUGGCCACGCUGACUUCUUUCCUAACGGUGGAUAUGAUCAGCCUGGGUGUGGAGAGGUUCGCCUCUCAGAUCUACUAGAGAAUCCACUUCUCGAAGGUCUAGGUGAAGUUCUGAUCUGUAGCCACUUGCGAGCCAUCAAAUACUACAAUGAAAGUAUUAACACCCAGUGUGAAUUUGUGGCCUUCCCGUGUGCGAGUAAAGAAUUGUUUGAGGCCGGUCUGUGCCAGAGCUGCGGCGUUGAGGGCUGUUCACGUAUGGGAUUCCCUGCCGAUCAGUUUAAACCUCCCCAAGGGCAAAACGGCACAUACUUUCUGAGAACAGCAUCUGAGCCUCCAUUCUGCC